AUGUCCACCGUCGCCGCCCGCGCGCUCGCCUCGCGCAGCUCCGUCGCGAAAUUCGCCUCGCGCGCCGCCAAGCACGCCUCGGGUCCCGUCUGCGUCGUCACCGGCGCGUCGCGAGGGAUCGGCGCCGCGAUCGCGCUGGCGCUCGGUCAACAAGGCGCGCGCGUGGUCGUGAACUACGCGGCGAGCGAAGGACCGGCGAACGAGGUGUGCGAGAAGAUCAAAGCCGCGGGCGGGGACGCGAUCGCGGUGAAGGCCAACGUGGCGGUGCCGGAAGACGUCGACGCGCUGUUCAAGGCGACGAUGGAUAAGUUUGGCGAGGUGAAUGUCUUGGUGAAUAACGCCGGGAUCACGCGCGAUACGCUCAUGAUGCGCAUGAAGCUGCAACAGUGGCAAGAGGUUAUCGACUUGAACCUCACGGGCGUGUUCUUGUGCACGCAAGCGGCGACGAAGGCGAUGGGUAAGAAGAAGCCGGUCUCGGGACGCAUCAUCAACAUCACCUCGGUGGUUGGUGUGACCGGUAACGCCGGUCAAGCGAACUAUUCCGCGGCGAAGGCGGGUGUUAUUGGCUUGACGAAGACGGUGGCGCGAGAAUACGCGGGUCGUAACAUUCAGUGCAACGCCAUCGCCCCAGGUUUCAUCGCCUCGGACAUGACGGCCGUGCUCGGUGAGGAGUUGGAAAAGAAGAUUCUCACCACGAUUCCGGCCGGCCGCUACGGUCAACCGGAAGAGAUUGCCGGUUUGGUGAAGUUCCUCGCCAUGGACCCGGCGGCGGCGUACAUCACCGGCCAGACGCUCCACGUCGACGGUGGUAUGGUGAUGUAA